AUGGAUACGGAAACUGGAAGCUUUGCUAGGUGCGUGAAGCACCCAUCUCAAAUUUUCACAGGUUUCUGCUCAACCUGCUUGGUUGAGAGGUUGUCCAAUGUUGCUGCGGUUGAAAGCACCAGGAACCCCUCUUGCGGUGUUAGAAAUGAAAUUUUUGAGAUAUCUGAGUCGGUUCCUGAUUCAGAGAGGAAGAGUUGUGGUGUGAGGGUGCGGAAGACCUUGUUGUCUCUUUUUGAAUUGGACGAUCUUAAGGAAUUGGAGAAGAUGGGACAUGCUUCAGCCAGUCACAAAGUGGGCUAUGGUGAUUCUUCGGAGAUUGCUCAGCUUGAGGCCCUUUUUGAGCAAGAGAGAAAGGGUUUGGAUGACAGAGCUCGAGCUUCUGGAUUUGCUUGUUCGUCAAGCUCCACUAGUGUUGAUGGAUUGAAAUGGCGGAGUAUAAGCACUUCCAAGAAAGGCCAGAUUCAGGAGAGUUGCUUGAGCACUGGAAUUGAAAGCACUUAUUUGGAGGACAACCCUAACCUUCAGACUUCUCGCAAUCGGAUGGAUUCUCGUGAUCCAAGCAAGGUUAAUUUGGAAAAGCCUAGACAUUCAUGGGAUGGUUCAAUGAUGAGCAAGGCAUUGGCGUGCUCAUUUUCUUGUCUUGAAGAACAACGAGACAGUUCAAGCAAGACUAAGGGAACUUUACCUGAUGAAGCUGCAACUUCUGAUCUUCAAAGAUCUUCUGUAGCAACUGAUCUUGGUAAUGCUAAUAGUGGGAUUUUGGCUGAUCAUAACUCUUUACAUACCGAUGGCAAUUUUGGAGAUCUUCAUGAAGGGUUGCAAGGUGAGCAAUCCUGUCAAGAUAUUGCUGUUUCAGAUGUUUGCAGAAAAAAGUCAAAUCAGUGGAGCAGAGUGUGGGAUUGGAGCAUAACCAGCCCUUUUAGGGAUUUUGCAAAGAGAAAUGGUCAUGUUUUGGAGAGAUCCCUGUCAGAGUCCUGGCGGGACAACCGUAGGGAUAACAAUUCAAAAAAUUUUCACCCAGGUAUUGAAGUUCACCUUAAUGGGACUCCUAUGAGCGACGGUCGUGUACAUCGCAGUUUGAAUGGCGAUAUUUCUACUGCAAAUGUUAAUAGAAAGGGUCAGAAGCCUGACUUGCAGAAGAUGAGAGAAUUCAAGCUCAGUCGAAGCAAUAGUGUUCGGUACUCCUCUCCUCGUAAUCUUGACAAUGGUCUUCUACGCUUUUAUUUGACUCCUUUGAGAACCAGCAGAAGAAACACGGCCAAGUGCAGGAGGAGAACUUCACAUUCUCUCGCCAGAGAUUUCCUGGGGCCAUGA